UGCUAACUUUUGUUAUUCGAUUUUGUUGUUAUUUGUACAUGAUGACCAUAGCGGAAUGAUGACUAAGAAAUCAUAUCGUUCUAAUUAUUUAAAUUGUUCGACAAAUUUGAAUCAAAAUUGGCUUUUUAAUAUAAAGCCAAUAUGGAAUGAUAUGUUUUAGCCAUUUAUUAUCGUUUCUGUAGUCAUUUCUGAGUGAUUUUUCGCUAAAUGAUGGCUACUGAUGUUUCGCGUUCUUUCAAAUUUGAUAUUUCUACUAUUCUUCCAGAAGGGCACGAAAAAGCUUUUAAACAAGCCUUUUACAAUGUUGCUGCAAUCGUAUUUGUCCUUUUUAUUAUUGUUGCAUGUGUCGCUGUUUAUUAUGUAUUAGAGCCUUUCUUAAGACCGUUACUAUGGGCUGUGUUAUUCGGAUCUGUGUUACAUCCAUUUAAGCACCGCAUGACGGUUAUAUUAAAAUCAUGGAUUUUGAAAUUACAAUUAUCAGGCACACCUCUUACCAUCGGUACAUUCACUGCUCCAUUUAUUGUCAUCGAUCACAUUUCUGAAAAUUUAUGGGAGUUUACUCUUCAAUACAUUGUGAUAUUUGCCACUAUAGUCAGUUGUAUUUUUGUUUCAUUUCUUCUCUACAGUUGUGUUCCUCUACAUGUUAUUUCAUCCAUUCUCAAUACUUUAAGUUUUGUACUCAAUGGGGUGUCUUCUAUGUUAGAAUUUUGUCAAGGAGCUUCUUUCUUGGUGUGGUCUGUUUUGAUUGGAUAUGUAAUAAUUUUGUCUGUUUGGUGGACACCAUCUACAAAGCCUUACUUAAUUUUUUUCUCUCCUGUCAUUUGGACCAUUUUUAUUUGCCAUUUAGUUAAUGUUGCUGGCUCUUUACGUCUGACAAUUCUACUUAUAUUUUUUGCUUUGAUGUUAAUUGGACUUAUGGCUGACAUAAAAUCGAGAUAUUCAGAAACAGGAUAUUCUGAAGAUUCCACUGGCAUGUUAGAGUCUAAUCCUCGUACUCCUAUGCAGGCAAUUAAAUCAGGCAUAGCAUGGAUACGUGGAACUGAAGAGCAGUCACCUGAACUAUCAUCAUCAAUUGUACGUGGUACCCAAGCAGAGGAAAUCGAUAAUUCAACUCCAAGUCAAAAGGUUCAAGUUGAUUCCUCUACUCCCGAAAGGAAAAGACCAACUUCUUUGCCAUCAACUUUUAUGGAUGAAAUUCCAUCUGAAGAAAAAAUGAGCAAUUUUUAUAUUUAUGGACUCUUGUGGAUGUGUUUUGUCAUUCAACUAUAUCGUCAUAUGUCUCUCUGCUACCUCAUGUUAAUACCUUGUAUUUAUAUGGGAAUCAAACAUGCAGCUAUAAAAUUUGGACUGAUGAGUUUUCUGAAAGAAAAAUUUAGAAAUGUCUAUGCAAAUUGUUGUUCUACAUUUGAGCAAAGAAAAGAUGCUUUAAUCCCUGCUCCUUUACGUGGACUGUGGAGACUGUUAAUUCUUGGAGAUAAAAAGUUUUUGAUUCUUCUUGAAGGAUCAAUUGAUACAUUUACAAGCAUGAUGGCCAUAUUCCUGGUAUUCUUUUUUGCUGUUAUAGGAACAAUAUUUCUUUGUGUACAAAUCUAUGGUGAAAGUAUGCAUCUUGUUACUGUUACUAGUAGCUUGAUAAAUCGAACUGUUCACAAUACUGAUAUACAACAACUUGUGCCUGAAAGCUUAAGAGAUGUUCAAGGAACUGUUGAUGCCGUCUUAGAUGAUGCCUUUCUUUAUGGUCGAGGCUGGAUUUCAGCUACUGUAAGAAAAGGAAAAAAAGGCAGCCAACCAGUCGAGGGAAAGGUCCACUUUUCGUCUCUAGUACGUCGCAUUAUUGAUGACAAAAAUGAAGAACGUGCUGCAGAAUUAGAGAAACAAAUUUUAGAAAUAUUUGAUAAAGUUUAUGAGUUAUGGCAUUCUAGAAAUGAAAACAGUACUUCGCCAAACUUUGAACAUGUGGCGUCUUUCGAUUCUUUGGUUGAUGGUUUCAAAACUCUGAAUAUGGACUUGAUCGUUAAUUUUGUUAAAGAAAAUAUUGGUACCUUCCUUUCAGUUUUAGAAUCAGUCUGGCUGAUACUUAAAGGCAAUAUAACCUUAGCAUUUAGUGCAAUAACGGCAAUCAUUUCUCUCUUGUUUGGAGGUGGAACAGCUGUUCUAAAUUUUGUUUUGAACUUUGUUGUGUUUUCUACUUCACUAUUUUAUUUACUCUGUGCUAGUGGCAAUCAAUAUAAACCUGUAGAAGCAUGCAGUAAUUUACUUCCAACAGUGGGAAGUGGAGCACAAUUUGGAAGAGCUGUAGAAGAAGCUAUAAAUGGUGUUUUUGCAGCUUCAUUUAAAAUGGCUGCAUUUUAUGGUUUAUACACAUGGUUCAUCCAUACCUUGUUUGAUGUCAAAAUAGUUUAUAUUCCAUCUGUCCUUGCUGCUAUUCUUGGUGCUGUUCCAUUUCUUGGAGCCUAUUGGGCUUGCCUUCCUGCUGUUUUAGAGCUAUGGCUUGUCAAUGGUCAGAUUAUUACAGCAGUUGUCAUGCUUGUUGUUCAACUUGUACCAACAUCUUUUGUGGAUAGUGCUGUUUAUAGUGAAAUUAAAGGAGGUGGACAUCCCUACUUAACGGGCUUGGCAAUAGCUGGCGGAGUAUUCUGCUUAGGUUUUGAAGGAGCUCUCUUUGGCCCUAUGCUUCUCUGUGUUCUUUAUGUGGCUAUGCAUAUGUAUGGAGCUGUGAUAAAACCUGGUUCAAUGGAUGAAUCACGAAGAAUGAGCAAAGCGUUCUCAUUAAAAAGGAUGUUUACUAUUGAAUGAUUCUUUGGUGACAUUUAUUUUUUAUAAUCUGAGGUGAAGAGGGCUCUUUCGAGAAUAAAUAAAUGCUGAAUUCCACUUGCAUGCUCUGAUUAACAAUUUUGUUUUGUAUAUUUUUAGAGUGGCUUUUAUUUUGGUUGUGUAUUUUUUAUUCACUUUUAUUGAAAUGAUUUGGUUACGUUUUGUUUUUGUUUAAUGCUUAUUUGAAAUUUUGUGUUUUUCAGUUUAAGUUUAAGAUAAUCAAUUUACUGAUCACUUUAAUUUUUUAAUGCUUUUAUGUUUAUAUUUUAAUGAUCUCUUAUAAUUUAUUGUUUCUGCUUAUUUUUAUAUGGUUUUGAAAACUUACAUACAUAUAUAACAUAAAAAGCAAUUAUUAACUUCAAAUUUUAAAUGAAAUGCUAAUGUGUUUAUAAAUUACCUUUGACUAAAGAAAAUAUUUCUACUCAAGUCAAAUUGAGCUCUUUAUAUAAUAUGGUACUAUUUUUUUAAGUUUUAAAAUAAAAGAAAGGAUUUUAAAAUUAUCACCUUUAAUAUUAGAAAUCACAUGUUUUCUUUUUGUAUUUACUGUGAUAUUUAAUGUUUUAUUUCCAAAUUUAAUUGUGCCUCAUAGAGUAAUCAUCAAUUCAGUAAAAUAUUAUAUUAUGUUGAUUGAUUGUCUAUUUAAAAUUCCAUUGUAUUUCUAUAGAUUUAACAAACGAAAAAAUUAUCUAUUAUAGAUUAAUUAUUCCUUUAUAUUUGAUGUUUAUUGUAGUAGGCAUUAUAUUUUGCAUGUGAGCUAAAGAAGUAUGAAUUGCCCUAAUUUAAAGUAAUGAAUAAUUAAGAAAUCUAUCGCAAAUAUUAUUCUUUAAAAUACUCUUAUUUUAAUGGGAUGAUUAUUAAUUUAUAUUUUUUUUUGUAAAUAAAUAAUUUAUAAUCAACUGUAAUAAUGUAAAGUAGGAUAUUUGAUUAUAUUUGCUUUUGAAGUUUUUAAAAAAUUGGUAUUUAUCUUUGGAAAAUAUUGCUAUGUAUUUUGAACCAUCUUAUAAAAAAAACUUAGUUUUUAUUGUUCGUAAACAUUUAUAAUUAAUAGUUUGAUGUGUUUGUGUCACUCAAUUUAACACAAUAAUGCUAUUGCUUAUUUUUAUACAUGUCUAUUGCUAUAUUUUAUUACGUAAGGCUAUUUCUAUUUUUAGUUCAUUGGAUAGCUUUUUGUUUGACAAUUUUUAUUACAAUGUAUAUAACUUAAAUGUUAAAUAAUGACUUUACUUUUGUUACAUUUCCUUUGCUUUAUAUAUUCAUUUAUUGAUUCUUGUUUAAAUUGUGUUAUUUGGUCUCAUUUUUAGUUGUCAUUUUAUCAGAAUUAAUAGAUUUGUAAUCAAAAUGCCAAAUAUUUUCUUUUAUAGAACUAUUGUUAUUUGAUUCUUUUUUUAUAUAUAAUUACAUUUAUUUUUAUGAAUCGAUAUCUUUUAUCUUACGUUAAAUAACUUUAUUUUUAAAAGUGAAGGAAUGACUGUUUAUUUUUAUAAUCUUUUUUAUUUAAUUUUAAAUUGAAUUUUUCUAAAAAAGCAAGUAGUUUUUUAAAAAGUUAUCAUGGUUUUUUAUUUUAGUAAACACUUUAAACUUAUUGUCAAGGGAUAAUUUAUUUGAUUUCUUCUUACAUUUAUUAUAUUAUCUACACUUACAUUUAUUAACAUCCAUUUUAUAUUAUUUCUUUUUAAGAGAAUGAGUGUAAAUUAAUAACUUUUAAUAGCUGUUAUAGAAAUAAAGCAAUAUGUUAUGCAGA